AUGGAUUCUCCGACGUCAGAUUCAAAGGCCCCUAAUAGGCCAAGGGGCUCUCCUCGACAUCAUGUUGAUGACUCACUAAGUAUCUUUCAACGAGUCUCCAAUAAGGUUCUAAGCAGAUUCUCUGGCUUCUCGCCACCAGAUCCUUUUUUAUUAUUGAAUCACUCGUCUGCCCAUUCAUCUAGUUCGUUGCCUGAAGUCAUAACUGGGACUGAAAUAACCAGCACUAGGUCAAAUUCAAGCAUGAAAAGUACUAAUGGAACCAAAAGAGAUCGGAGUUUUUCAUCGUCUGCACUCUCCCUGGCGUCAUUUCGUGGUCAUCAUUCUGACGACGAGUUCAAUUUGCCACCUCCUGGACCCGUCACUAUUCGUCGAAACAGCGGGUUAUCAAGGAGUUCUGCCGAGUCACUAAUUAGUGGCAACUCAGUUCUGGCUUCUACACCAAAGUCGCUCUCAUCAACCCUUGACAGUCUAAGCAUCGAUGAGAGUAUUGCUACUGCCUUUGUUGUGAGUGGUGAUAUAGAAGCAGAACAAAUCACAGCAUCUCAGACAGCAGAUGUCAAUAUGAAUGAGAAGAACUCAGAUUUGCCAGCAUCUAAUAGUCCAUUAUCAAACAAUAUUGUCAAUUCGAGCGUUCCGUCUACUGAUUUAUCGCUUCCACCUCCAGCCGGACCUGGGUCCGUUCAUAUCCCAGAGCUUCUUCAGAGAGGUGUGUCAUUUCUACGAAUAACACAUCGUAAACGAGUCCAGAAAAUUUUUGUACUAGACCCUGAGUCGGGUGUGGUAUCAUGGGACUCCAAGGCGUCGUCUCGAUUUUAUGUUGAUAGGAUAUUUGAAGUGCAUGUUGGCCACAACGCUAGAAACUAUCGAGAAGAAUUAAAAGUGUCUGUUGAGCAUGAACCGCGCUGGGCAUCAAUCAUCUACUCAAAGGCUGACAGCAAAAAACUCAAGGCUCUUCAUAUUGUAGCCACUUCCCAGAAGGAGUUUGAUAUAUUUAUUGACAUUUUGAGCCAACUUGUCAAGUAUAGGCGAGAGAUUAUGUCGGGCUUGGCCAUGCCAGGAGAACAGUUUGUUCAUGUUCAUUGGAAUAAAUUUGUAACGAAAGAAGACGACGGUGAAGAACGACUUUCAUUUGAGAACGUCGAGCGUCUGGCAAGACGGUUGCAUAUUAAUUGUUCAAAAAAGUAUUUGGAAUCAAAGUUUCGUCAGGCUGAUAUUGAUGAAUCGGGCUUUCUCGACUUUAAAGAAUUUCAGAAUUUCGUAAAACUCCUGAAAUGGAGGGGUGACAUCGCCCAUAUUUUUAAUGACAUUGCAGAUAACCCGAAUGGUCUGACUCUACAGGGUCUCGAAGCCUUUUUCCGGGAUGUUCAAAAAGACACUGUAACGGACAGUCGUACGAUUGAAAAGAUAUUUAAAAAGCAUUCCAUGAAGGGUAUGAAAAAGCAAUCGGGACAAGAUGACGUGAGCUCUUCUGAUCAACCACAGGUAUUAACUGUUGAACAAUUUUCAGACAUUCUCGUGUCAAGUUCGUACUUCCCGCCUCUCGCAACACCAACUGAAGAUCUCACACGACCCCUUAAUGAAUAUCUGAUAUCAUCAUCUCACAACACUUAUUUAUUAGCCAGACAGGUGGCUGGUCCCUCGUCUGUGGAGGCAUAUAUCCGAGCAUUACAGAACGGUUGUCGUUGUGUGGAAAUUGAUUGUUGGGAUGGAGAUCAUGGUCCUAUCGUUUGUCAUGGGCAUCGACUAACCACAUCUAUUGACUUCACUGAUGUCGUUGAGACUAUUCGAAAGUAUGGCUUUAUAUCGAGUCCAUACCCACUAAUUCUAUCGUUAGAAAUUCACUGCACUGUAGAGAAUCAGCUAAAAAUAGUCGAUGCUUUAACGAAUGUUCUUGGUAGUCAGCUGGUAACUGAACCCAUAGACGAUCGUUUGGAACUGCCUUGUCCGGCAGACCUGAAACAUAGAGUACUUGUCAAAGUGAAAUCAACCAACAGCUCCUUCACUGCUAAUUCUAAAAAUGGGCCUCAUCCUCCAGAACGUGCUGACUCAAGCUGGAGUACAACGACUACAGAAUCGUCAAUGAGCGGCAUUAGUGACGACCCCAGUAGUACAGCUGUGGAUGCAACCAAUGGUAGGAGUCCUUCCAAGGGGACUUCGCGAAGAAGAAAGUCAACUUCAAACCAGACAAAAGUCUGCAGCCAAUUAGCAGAUCUUGGAGUAUAUCUCAGCGGCAUAAAAUUCAGAAAUUUUUCUUUGCCAAUUUCAAAGACAACAAACCAUUGUUUCUCAUUGUCUGAGCGGUCAGUCAAUUCGAUGAUUAAGGACCCAGUAAAACGUGCCCAAUUAAUAAAGCAUAAUCGCAAAUACCUCCUCAGGACUUACCCCUCUGGAUAUCGAAUGACUUCGACUAAUUUUGACCCUAUCCCCUACUGGAAAAUGGGUAUUCAGCUGGUGGCAUUGAACUGGCAAACAAAUGAUAUUGGCCUUCAGCUGAACCAUGCUCUUUUCAGCAAUAGUGGAGGGUAUAUUCUUAAGCCUACUCACAUGCUUCUUGGCUUUUCUCGCGCAGAGCCAUUGACCAACACGAAUUCUGUCGUUUCGAGAUCUAGUAAAAUCCAGUCUAAGUUGCUUCCUUUUGUAAAAAGCUCCCGGUCCGAUAGUAAUCUCGGUAGUUUGAUUACCAAUCUUCCGCUCGAUAUGCUUGUAAGGGUCAAGAUAACGGUUAUUUCAGCCCAGCAACUGCCACGGUCAAAAGAACUCAAGGCUGAUGAAACAAUUGAUCCCUAUGUUACUGUUGAGUUUUACGGGAACGAAAGGAUGAUCACAUCUCCUAGCUCCAGCACUGCCCCAUCCAAGCGGAAACUGUCAAUUUCCUCCACAUCAUCUUCAGACUCAUUUACUGGCAUGUUUAACAAAUGGCGCACUCCGGUUGUCAGCGAUAACGGAUUUAAUCCCACUUGGAAUACCACUCAGCAGGUGGAGGUGGACAAGAAAGAUUUUGAUUUUGUAUUUAUUCGCUUUACUGUACAUUCUGGGGAUACUAUGUUUGCGGUAUACACAGCGAGACUGUGUAAUAUUAACCAAGGAUAUCGCCACUUGCAAUUGCAAGAUCUUCAAGGUGAGGAAUAUAUCUUCUCCACCUUGUUUAUCAAGACAGAAAUUUUCUAG